GAAAAGCUUGCGGGAUACGGCGGACUGCAGGAGCUCCCCACGCAGGUUGCCUGAAAUUUCCGUCGUCAUGGCUCCACUUGGCUUUCUUCCCUUCUUCCAUCACCCUUCACUAUUGAGUAUUAACUCCCAUAGUCUUGCUAGAUUCAAUUCAAUUCUGUCCAAUUCACUUCAGCCCAAUUCCUGUCACCAUGCCGCAGUCCUCCAAUGCCGAUGACUUCUUCCAAACCACGGCGGCCCUCGACGAGCAGAAGCGAAGGGACGCCAAGUCUCAAAACACAAAUGGAUCCCCUAUCAAGCUACAGAGUAAAAUCCUGGCCGUUCAGCCUGACCCCGUGAAUCCCGACGCCGUGUUCGUGGCCCAGAGUGGUGGCACCGUGAGGAAGGUUAUACUUGAAACAGGUGAAACGACUGCCAUUUACAAAGGACCCUCGGCGCCCAUCACGAGUCUCUGCUUCAGUCCCGACGGUCGGACUUUGUUUGCUGGCUGCUGGGAUAAAUUGAUUUGGAGCUGGGAUGUGGCUUCGAGGGAGCCUAAGUUAAAAUAUGAGGGCCAUACCGAUUUCGUAAAAUCAGUCGCCAGCGCCCGACUCAACGGUCAAGCCGUUCUCAUUUCCGGAGGAACCGAUGCUCAAAUGCUGGUCUUCGAUAUCGCCACGGGGAAGCGCAUUUCGGUCCUGAAAGGCCACGUCAAGGGAAUCCAGGACCUCCAGGUGGAUCCCGUCUCGCUGGAGGCGGAUGGCCAGGAAUUGAUCGUUUUCAGCGCCGGCAGUGACCGUGAAAUCCGUCAAUUCGAUAUUUCUACCGGAAGUAAAGAUCUCACCGGCACCGAUGCUCUGCUGGCUCACGAUACCAACGUCUACAAACUCUUCUUUGACCGUGAUGGCGAUCUAUGGACUGCGUCGGCGGAUAAGACCACCAAAUGCCUCGUGAGAGAAGAUGGAUGGAAGCCCAAUCUCACACUCACCCACCCCGACUUUGUGCGAGAUGUGGUUGUUUACGAACAGGGCGGGUGGAUCGUCACUGCGUGCAGGGACGAGGAGGUCCGAGUGUGGAAUCGAUCGGUGGGUGAUCAAUUGCUCCCUAAUCCUCAACCUUAUCUCAUGAUCUUGCUAACAUGACCGGGGGUUAGACCGGAAAUCUUCACCACACCUUUUCGGGCCAUUUCGAGGAAGUCACUGGGCUUGCGCUUGUGGGGUCGACGGUGGUCAGCGUCAGUAUCGAUGCCACCAUUCGACAGUGGUCUCUGGAACCCCGGGAUCUUGAGGCUGCGGUGGAAAGGGCUAAGAAGCCCGCGACCGAGGAAGAAGAACAACCACAGAAUUCGGGGUCAAUGCUGACGGAGGAAGAAGAGCGAGAAUUGGCCGAACUGAUGGAAGAGGACUAAUGAAUCUCUCCCUUUCCCAACGGCUCUAGCUACAGUAAUAGAAUAUGUUGUGACAGGCAAGAGACUGGGAUCCCUACGUACAGACUGAAAUUCCAGAGCAAACAAGAGAUUAGGAUCAUGCAGGUCGUCCAGGCUUAAGCUGUCGUCUUACCUUGGGCGUAACAAGAACCGCUGUUCCAGGGCGCAUCGAAACUCCGAUCCCCUCAUGCAACGCAGUGAAUCUCGACUGUAGUGCAAUACGCAGUUGUAAUAUCAACCAGCCCUCGCAGCUGAAGGGUCGUACAGGUUAACAUCCAACAUAGUGACACAGCAGUCAAGCCAUACCCGUAGAGAGCCAUCACACGUCGGACAAGGAACCAACUGGCUCCCCUAUAACUAGUUCUUUAUCAAUUGACCAACAGACCUGACCAACGGACCUCCCUGAAUUUCAGCGAUCCAAUCCUAUCUCGCCCCUACCCUACCCUGUCCUGCCCGGUCAUGUCCCCGACCAAAACCAUCCUCAUCACCGGCUGUUCCGCCCACGGCAUCGGCUCUGCUCUGGCUCUCGCUCUGGCGCAAAAAGGCCACCACGUCUUCGCCACCGCGCGCCAUCCGUCCAAGAUUCCCGUAUCGCUUUCCUCUCUCCCAAACGUGACCACGCUGCAGCUGGACGUGACGUCGACCACGUCUGCUUCGGAAGCCGCCAAGGCAGUCGAGGAUCACGGUGCCGGGCUGGAUAUCCUGGUGAACAAUGCCGGGUCGGGAUAUACGAUGCCACUGCUGGACGCGGACCUGGAGACGGCGCAGCAGGUGUACGAGACAAAUGUUUGGGGCGCGGUUCGUAUUGUCCAGGCGUUCUCGGGCCUGUUGAUCGAGAGGCAAGGGCGGGUGGUGAAUGUGUGUA